GAAAACAGUAUACUCACCUUCUGUUCAUUUGUAACAAAGUUUCCAACCGUGAAGAAGGACCGCAUGGCGGAGUCCACCGUCCAUAAGGGGGGCAAAAAAUCCGUUACUUCCGAGGAGUGGAGAAAAAUACAGUAACAGGAAUCGAGGGUAGGAUUAGGGGAAAAAUGCAGGUCGUGCUCAGAGGCAAAAAAUUGGAGCAUGUAGAUGGAGAAGUAGUAAUAAUUGGGGGUAUGGUGUUGGACAUUCACGCUACACCUUCGGUGAGAGCAAAUUCUGGAACAACUGUCCCUGGCAAGGUCUAUUAUGUUAGAGGAGGUGUGGCUAGGAACGUAGCAGAGUGCAUGUCAAAACUCGGAGCUAAGCCAUUCAUGAUCAGUGCUAUUGGGUUUGACAUGGCAGGAAAUCUGUUGUUGAAUCAGUGGAAAUCUGCUGGCCUAUCUGUAGAAGGUAUUUUGAAGGAUAAAGAUAUUGAGACUCCAGUUGUAUGCAAUUUAUUUGAUAUUAAUGGGGAGGUAGCAGCUGGUGUUGCUAGUGUGGAAGCUCUUGAAAAAUAUCUGACACCUGACUGGAUCUUGCACUUCAGAAAUGCUUUGCCUUCUGCUCCUGUGUUAAUGGUGGAUGCCAAUCUGAGUCUUCCUGCUCUUGAAGCUGCUUGUAAAAUGGCGGCUGACAUGGAGUGUCCUGUGUGGUUUGAGCCAGUAUCAGUUACUAAAUCCCGAAGAAUCAGUUUUAUUGUUGAUUAUGUGACUUUUGUUUCACCAAAUGAAGAUGAACUUAUUGCGAUGGCAAAUGCUUUAUCUGGUUGUGAUAAGUUUCAACCACUUAAAGAAAGUCAGAAGAAAAAUAUUUCAGUAAUGUCUUUGUUUCAAUUGCUGAAACCAGCAAUAUGGGUUUUGCUAGAAAAGGGCAUUGAAGUGGUCCUAGUGACCGUUGGCUCUAAUGGAGUGUUUUUAUGCCACAAAGGAGGGCCUCGCCACUUUAAAAAGCCUACAGAGAAAAUAAAUCGGAGUGGUUUUGGUGGACAAUUAUUCAACGCUUUCAUGGAAAAAUGUCCUCCUAGUCGCUAUUCUGGCGUUUCAGAACUUAAUAAAAGCUCCCAUUUUUUUGCUGUGCAUUUUCCAUCUCUUGCUGCAUCAGUCGUGAGGCUUACUGGUGCUGGUGAUUGCUUAGUGGGUGGAAUACUCACAUCAAUCUGUGCGGGAUUAGAUAUUAUGCAAAGUGUGUCAGUUGGCAUUGCAGUGGCUAAAGCUGCUGUUGAGGCUGAGUCUAAUGUCCCUAAUGCUUUCGAUUUAUCAGCUAUCGCAGAUGAUGCUAAAUCUGUAUACUCCGGUGCCAAAGUUCUUUUCCACCAAUCGAUGUUGUAAAGUUUGAAUUAGGAUUAUGGUAGAUAAACAUCUUGAGUUGUGAUAUAGCAACCUCCUUUGCUCCGAAAAAAAAUGUUGACACCAUCCAAAGGCUUAUCGCAUUGAAAUAUAAAUUAACAACUAUUUUUUGUAUUUUUAUUAAAGUUUUUAGAUAUAGGAUUGUAGUUGAUGCACUUUUUUUUAACAUUGGUAUGCACUUCUGCACUGGCAUAUUGAACUUGAUCAUGUCAUGAUGUCUGUCUCUCUGGUGAAAAUUUCCCCCUAAAAUUUACGUUUUUACACUAAUGUAAUAUAAUUUUCAGCUCA